AUGCGCCCUGAGGCCCGGUCAAUGUGUUUUCGAGAAACCACCCUGCCUCCUGCUCACUUCAUCUUCACCCGCUUCGAAGGGUUUGGAAAACUCUUUCGUGGACUCCACAGUGGGCAGCCGGGGCCCUUCAUGAAACCAGAAGCACAGGAGGAGGAGGAGGGAGCGGGGAUACUGCCUGGAGGAACUGGGGCUGCUGGCCAACGCCAGCCCAGCGUAGCCAGGAAUGUGGGAGCCCCUGGCUGCGAGACUCAACCUGGGGAAGGCCCCAAAGGUCACACGGUGGGUGGCGAGAGCAGGGCCCUCUGUGCCUACGUGGUGCACAGGAAUGUGACCUGCAUUCUACAAGAGGGAGCAGAGAGCUACGUAAAGGCUGAAUACCGGCAGUGUGGAUGGGGGCCCAAGUGCCCUGGGAUAGUCACGUACCGCACAGUGCUCAGACCCAAGUACAAGGUUGGCUACAAGACAGUGACAGACCUCACCUGGCGUUGCUGCCCUGGCCUCACUGGAAAAGGCUGCCCUGAGCACCUCACAGACCACGAGUCCACCCCACCUCAACUGGAGCCUGAAUCCCAGAUUCCCUCUGGGCAGCUGGACCCAGGCCCAGGCCACAGGCCCCCUCCUUACAGCAGAGCGGCCCCCAACCCCCAUGGAAGGAAAGGCCCAGGGCUGUUUGGUGAGCGGCUGGAACGCCUGGAGGGUGAUGUCCAGCGCCUGGCACAAGCGUAUGGUACCCUCAGUGGUCUCAUGGCCAGCCAUGAGGACCCCAACAGGAUGACUGAUGGCCCCAGGGCUCCUGCCACCCCUGUGGGCUUCGGGGUCAUCCCCGAGGGGUUUGUGGACCCGGGAGACGGAGCCCGAGGGCCACUCACACCUCCCCUGGAUGAGAUCCUGAGCAAAGUGACAGAGGUGAGCAACACUCUGCAGACCAAGGUGCAGCUGCUGGACGAGGUGCAUGGAUUGGCACUUGGCCAUGAAGCCCACCUGCAGCGGCUGCGAGAAGCGCCGCCAUCCCCACUUACCUCCCUGGCCCUGCUGGAAGAGUACGUGGACCGACGGCUGCACCAACUCUGGGGGAGCAUGCUGGAUGGCUUCGAGCAGAAGCUGCAAGGUGUCCAGAGUGAGUGUGACCUGCGGGUGCAGGAGGUGCGGCAGCAGUGUGAGGAGGGCCAGGCGGCCAGCCAGAGGCUGCACCAGAGCCUCGAUGGCCGCGAGCUGGCCCUGCGCCGAGAGCUCUCACAGCUGGGCACCCAGCUGCAGGGCCUGGGCACAGCUGGUGGGGGCGGCUGCUGUGGCCAGCUGUCCUUAAUCGGUGCCCGUGUAGACAGCCUCGAGAGGAACCUGCAGGCAGUCACGGAGGCCCACAGGGGCCCAGCCGCCCCAGCCGGGGAAGAGCUCUCGCAGCUCUCUGCUGCUAUGCUCGAGGGAGGUGUGGAUGGGUUGCUGGAAGGCCUGGAGACCCUCAAUGGGACAGAGAGUGCAGCGAGGGGCUGCUGUCUGAGGCUGGAGAUGGGAGGGUGGGGUGUGGGUGGCUUUGGGACUACGCUGGAGGAGCGUGUGCAGAGACUGGAGGGGCGCCUGGCAACCCUGGCAGGGGAGCUAAGCCACAACAGUGACCCAUCGGGCAGGUCGGCGCGGCCCCUGGUGCAGACAGAACUGGCUGUACUGGAACAACGGCUGGUUUCACUGGAGACCUCGUGCACACCCAGCACCACCUCAGCCAUCCUGGACAACCUCGUGGCAGAGGUGAAGGCCUGGCAGAGCCGGAGUGAGGCCCUCCUACGCCAGGUGGCCAGCCAUGCAGCUCUGCUUCAGCAGCUCAAUGGCACUGUGACCGAGGUCCAGGGGCAGCUGGCGGAAGGGACGGGCAGCUCACUCCAAGGUGAGAUCACUCUGCUCAAGGUCAAUCUGAACUCAGUGAGCAAGUCACUCAUAGGUCUCAGCGACUCUGUCAGCCAGUACUCUGAUGCCUUCUUGGCAGCCAACUCAUCCCUGGAUGAGCGGGAACGGAAGGUGGAAGCCGAAGUCCACGCCAUCCAGGAGCAGGUGAGCAGCCAAGGCUCCAGGCUACGGGCCGGCCACAGGCAGGUCCUGAACCUGCGGGGGGAGCUGGAGCAGCUCAAGGCUGGUGUGGCUGAUGUGGUUGGUGGGCUGAGCCACUGCCAGGACACAGCCCAGGAACUCCAGCACAUAGUGGGCCACUUUGACCGUCGGGUGACACAACUGGAGGGCAUGUGUGGGAGGCUGGGCCUGCUGGCCGCAGGCCUGGACAGCUUGCCCACUGAGCCACUUAGGCCCAGGGAGGGCUUGUGGGGCCACAUGGACCAGUUGAAUCGCACACUGGCCCAGCACACACAGGACAUUGCCCGCCUGCGAAAUGACCUGCUGGACUGCCAGCUGGCUGAGCGUGCACGGCCAGGGCAAGCUGACUAGGCAGGCUGGACAGGAUCCAACCCCCAGGUCCCACUGACCCUGCAGAUGUCACCCCAGAACUCAGCCUUAUCCAGAAGUGCCUCCCAGCCUCCCCUGGCCAGCCCAGAGGCCACUGAAGGAAUGGUCUUGGCCCAGCUCCAUGUGACUGUCACAGCCACCAAAAUCCAUGCUCCGUGCUACACAAACUGGACAUUUCAGGAUAGCGGUCAAGACAAGGAUGCCAUGCCAAAGGCCAGGGUGGACUUAGCGACCUCACAUUCCACUGUCUGUAAAUCGCUCUUCUGCAGAUAUACCAGUCAGUAAAGACCUGCAGGCCCAUUCUCAGACGGUGGCUUGUCCACGUCUCCCUUUGCUUAUGGGCAAUAGUCCACAGCCCUUGGAGGCUUCUGUUCCCUUGUCCCCUUGGCUUCAUCCUCAGCCAUCUGGGCUAGGUUUCUGCAGGAAGGUGAUGCCCACUGGAAUUGUCCUCCCACUUGGCAGCCUCACAGAUGCUGUUUCUGAACCAAGGACCAGAGACUUCCAGAGGCUUCCAGCUCCACCCCCGUCCUUCAGGACAGAAGAGAAGCACAAGGACUCAGCAGAGAGUUCUCUUUAUUCCUCUCAUUCCUCCCUCAGGUGAGGGCUUAGGCAGCUGUAGAAUCCAGGGGAAAGAACUGGAUCCAGACAAUCUGUUUGGAGACCCCACCCCAAUUUAUCCUUUUCCUUUCUAUCUCCAAAGUUGGUUUCAGGGCACUCUGGUGCCCACAAGCUCCUUUUUUCCAUUGUGGGGGAAAUCUGUCCCCUGCCCCAGGUUAGGGCCUCUCUGCAGAGAGUAGCCCCAGUGUAUAUUGAGACUCGAAUGAGGCCAGACCCCGAGAAGGAGGCCACAGCUGGAGGAAGAGGGGCCCAGGCCUUGCUUUUACACCCUUCCAAAGCCCCAGCCCUGCCAGGAUGUUCAUAGUGUGAGACAUUCAGGAAUGAAACCAUCAAGGGACAAUUUGAAAAUGCCAGUGUUCCUCAGGCCUGUGCAAUGCCAGAGACUGACACUCAUCUCUGCUGAGCUUCCUGGCCUCAGUUUCCCCCACAGCAGCAUAGGUCCUCCUGUGCUGUUCUGCAGGUCCCCACAACCCUUCCACCUGGUUUCUGGACAUUUAAUAUUCUGUCCCCAAUUUUGGUACUGUCGGAAGAGAGCAGGUUUUGGAUUAAAGCUUUUAGCCAGUCUAAA